GCGCAAACAACCAGACCCCAAUCCAAUCCCAUCAUGCUCAGGCAAUCCUUGAAACCCUAUCAGCUCGAUUCAGUGUUAUCUAUUGUUUUUACAGGGGGGAUUCGGCUGAAUAGGGGUGUUUUCCAGGAUGUCCGUAACGCUCCAUACCACCCAUGGCGACCUUAAAGUAGAAGUGUUCCAUGAAGCAACACCAAAGACUGCAGAGAACUUCCUCGCCCUCUGCGCCUCGGGCGCGUACAACAGCACCCCCUUCCACCGCCUCAUCCCCUCCUUCAUGAUCCAAGGCGGCGACAUCUCCCUCUCUAAAAGCGAAACCCCCGCCUCCCUCCCCUUCGAAAUCCCCAAAGGUGGCACAUCCAUCUACCACCCGACCCCGCUAACCCACGAAAUCCACCUCCCCACCAUCCGCCACAAUGCCCGUGGCAUCCUCAGCAUGGCGAGCAAAUCGUUAAAAUCACAAUCUGCCUCUGGCGUCAUGGAGACCACGGAGGUCAAUGGGAGUCAGUUCUUCAUCACGUUUGCGCCGGCGCCGCAUUUGGAUGGGAAGAGUACGGUUUUUGGUAAAGUGUUGGCGGCGGGUGAGGGGGAGCCUGGUGGGGUCGUGCUGGAGCGGCUGGAGAAGGCGAAGGUGAAGAUUGACAAGAAGGGGAGGGUUGUACAGCCGUCGUCGAUGGGGGAGGCGGAGGUGAAGGAGAAUGGGUGGGAGGCUGUGGGGAUCGAGAGGGUGACUAUUCAUGCGAAUCCAUUUGCGGUAUGAUGUGUCUCCUGGCAUCUCUGGGGGGAGGGUGGUGGUGGUGGUGGUGGUGGUGGUGGUGCGCAGGUGGGUAUGAUACCGGUUUUCGGGCCAGAUUUGAUACGAUUCGAUGUGUGUGUGCGGUUGGCUGUCGAGGUGCUGGCUUCCCAUGUUUUGUGAUGGAGCCUGCCAAACUACCCAGUCGUCGUGUUCACACUCUCACAUGUAGCCCACACGAUCAGGGCUACCUGGUGCUGCCCUCAGUUCGCGGGAAUAUUUUCCGUCGACAACCUUAAUUGUCCCGGUGUAUGAGAGGAGAAUACAGGACGAAGAGGGAGGAAUGCUUAACCGGUGGAAUUGGUUAAAUCAUUUGCAUAGAUAUAACCAAAUUUACGAUGAACUGAUUUCCUAGAUGACGAAGGGAGAUAAAUGAUGGAUGAAACAGUUUACAUGGAAGGGAAAUACAUGUACAAUAAAAUACGGUCUCUUAGAUGAGAUGCGAAAUAUUGCAUCGCGGGAAUCAUUCUAUGUAUUUUUUUUCUGUCUAACAUCUAGAAGGAAUUUAUGACACAACAGCAAGGCGCUAGUGGUAUGUAUAAAGGACAUCGGGCUGUCUCGUAACAAUGGAAGUCUGCUGUGGGUACAGAAGGUUGCAUGCGGAAUAAAAAGGUGAGGGGUCAGGAAGAUAGUGAGGGUUGUACAGAAACAGAGCGAUGACAUUUCUCGCUGUUCUCAUGUCCCACCGCCUUGGUUUAAGGAAGGGGUAAAAGUGAUUCCCAAAGCCAUGCUAGAAUAACACACAAACGUGAAUGCAAAAAUCGUUAUGAUUUUUGCUCCGCUUCAACAGAUGGAGCGGCUUCGGUUGUGUUAUCCUCUUCAUAACCCUCAGUCCUCAUAUCCUUCAAGCCUAGCUCAUCGUCCUCUUCAUCCGUACGUGUGUAGUCCUCGAUCUUAAUCCGCGGAUCGGGCUCCGGCGAAUACAGAUCUUGCACAUAGCUAUUGGCAAGCGGGUCCUCUAGCGUAACAGUAAACUUCAGUUCUCCCUUGAUGGCGGAAUUGAGGCGUGUAAAGAACCGAUCCCAGAUCGCCUUGUCUCCCGUCUGCAUGGAGUCACCAGGAGCAAGGUCCUCGUCCCCCGUUUCGAAAAUUUGCCCGUGAAGCUGGUCGCGGACUUGAGUGAGCAGACCCUCUACAGUAGUGAAUCUCCCUCCAAGCGUGCCUGGCUGCACGGAGAGAUCGAGCUCACUGCUCGUCAUGGCACAUGUGUCUGACUUCAAAACGUCGCGGGAGAGGUCCGAAAGCUCCGCUACUUCAAGAAUGAUUCUUCGCCCCUUCUCUGGAGUAGCGCCGCCUGUCUUCACUUCGUUGGUGCGAUAUCCGCAGUGGUCGCAAACAGUGCUCCAGAUGAAUACCUCCUUGAAGUGUGGAAUGUUAACUUUCUGCAUGUUAACGACGCAGGCCUUAGUGCAACCGGGACAUUCCGAUGGUAGGGUAUAAACUUGGCCAUCGAUGAUAUCGAGGUCGC